AUGGCUCACCUCCCGCCAUCAACCGCUAUAUUCUCGCCAUCAAUAGCUCGCAUCGCCGCCUCCACCGCCAAAGAUUGGAGUUACGUUGGCAGCUGGCUCGCCUCGAAGUACCAGGGCCGCCCAGUCCCUUCCUUCGAACGCAAUUCCGAGACGCUAAAAGCCCUUCUCGCACUUGCCAACUCAAACGAGAACGCCGACGAGGAGCGCGAGCUAGUCGCCUCGGCCGAGAUUGGCGCCAUUCAUGACCUUGCCGCCACGCAGGACCUACUCGAAACCAAUCCAGAACUGCCGGCCUCCGAUGCCGCCCGGGAGAUGAUGCUCGGUGCCGUUCAAGAUCACCUUACACGGGAAGGACGCACCGCCCUCAACUCCAUGGCCACGUUAUCGUGUCAGCUCACCGUCGCCUAUCCAGAUGCUGAAGCUCUCGGCCGCUCUAUGAUUGGUUUGCACGCUGAAGCCUCAGACGUGGAACAGGCGAGAGUCCGUGUGCAUAUUCUUCAGAAAUACAUUGAUCAAGAGUCGGCCGCAGCCGAUGAGCUGCUACGGACCCUGCACAGCGACGAUUACAAGCCUGCCAACGACCUGGCCCGCCAGAAUCUGGAGAUGCAAAGGAGGGUCAAAGCCAUGGCAGCGCGUAUGCCCGAGCUCAGGGACCGCAUUUCUAACCUCAGCCAGUAUACCAUAGCUUCUCAUCCCACGAUCGAGCAAAUGGCGCAGAAAGAAGCCGGUUACCUCGGCCUCCUGGCUGAAAAGAAGAGCUUGGAAGAAGAUGUCGAUCAAUUCUCCGGCCUCCCCGAUGAUGUGAAGACGGCCAGGGCCGAACUCGAGCAUCUCCGCGCAGAGGUUCUCGCCAUUACACGCCACCGCGACGCCAUCUUUGAGGGUCUUGUUGAGCGUGAAAGCCCUCGCAAGGGCAGUUAA